UUAACAUUGCUGGGUAUAUUUGAGAUGGGAUAUUUUUUUUUGUUAUUGAAUCAUCAGUAGCAGCAGCGGCAUCAUCAGAUGGAUAGAGAUAGAAAAGAGUUCAGUGAGUAAGAGAGAGAAAGAGGGAUCGAUGGUUAUUGUGAAGAGGAGGAUCCGAUCUUUCGUUUUCGCGUUGAAUUCUCUUAUGUAGCUUUUUAUGUGAGUGAGAAAGCGAGAAAAAAAGCAAAACAAAACAAACUCCUCAAAGCAAGUAAAGGGGAAGCCAAGAAAGAGAUGGAUGGAUGGAUGGAUGGAUUGAUAGUAGAUCCUGCCAUAAGAGCCUUCUUGUUAGAUAAAAGGGAAUUAUAAAGAUAGCUUCUUUUUUAUUUUUAUUUAGUUCUUUGUUGUUUGAUAAUCUCCUCAUCCCUCCCUCUCCACCUGAAAAUUGUAAGCCAAUUUGUCCAUUUGGACAAACCAAAACCAAACCACCCUUGUUGUUUGUCUUUAGCGAUUACAUCCCCCACUCCCCGAAAACAAAGAACUUGCAAGAAAGAAAGCUUCUUUAUUCCUUCUUGAAUUCAUUUCAAUACAGAGUUUGAAUUUGACAAAGACUUUUGUUCCUGGUUUUCAAGAAAUGAGAGCUGGACUUAGCACCAUCCAGCAAACUCUGACACCAGAGGCGGCGAGUGUACUGAACCACUCGAUUGCCGAAGCAAGCCGCCGUAACCAUGGUCAGACCACACCACUUCAUGUGGCGGCAACACUAUUAGCUUCCCCAUCUGGUUUCCUCCGUCAAGCAUGCAUCAAAUCACACCCUAAUUCUUCGCAUCCUCUUCAGUGCAGAGCUCUUGAGCUCUGCUUUACUGUUGCCCUCGAACGCCUCCCUACUGCACAAAACCUUAGUCCUGGCCUUGACCCACCAAUCUCCAAUGCCUUAAUGGCUGCACUAAAGCGUGCCCAGGCUCAUCAGCGAAGAGGGUGCCCUGAACAGCAGCAACAACCACUUUUGGCUGUCAAAGUUGAGCUGGAGCAGUUGAUUAUAUCAAUUCUUGAUGAUCCAAGUGUUAGUAGAGUUAUGAGGGAAGCUAGCUUUUCGAGCCCAGCUGUUAAGGCAGCAAUUGAGCAAUCUUUGAAUGCUUCUUCGAAUCCGAAUCCUGCUGCUAACUCUGGGAUUGGAUUGGGGUUUCGUGCUCCAGGAGCUGUGGCUGUUCCUGCUCCUGUUACUAAUAGGAAUUUUUAUAUGAAUCCAAGAUUGCAACAAGGGAGUGUCGGUCAAUCUGGUGCACCAAGAAAUGAGGAGGUUAAGAAGGUUAUUGCUAUUUUGUCCAAGAGUAAGAAGAAGAAUCCUGUUUUGGUAGGUGAAUCAGAGCCAGAGAUGGUAGUGAAGGAGGUUUUGAAGAGAAUAGAGAGUAAAGAAGUAGGAGAUGGGGUGUUAAAGAAUGCUCAUGUGAUUCAUUUAGAAAAAGAGUUUUUGGAUAAAGCACAGGUAGCGGCGAGGAUUGUGGAAUUAGGAGGGUUGAUUGAGACUCGGAUAAGGAAUUUGGAUUGUGGUGGCGUGAUUCUUGAUAUGGGGGAUUUGAAAUGGCUUGUUGAGCAGCAAGUGAGCUUUGCAGGUUCUGGUGGGGUUCAGCAGCAGCAGAUUGUGCCAGAUAUUGGGCGGUCGGCUGUGGAGGAGAUGAGGAAGCUUUUGGGGAGGUUUGGAGAGGGGAGUGGUGGUGAGAAGGUUUGGUUGAUUGGGACUGCUACUUGUGAGACAUAUUUGAGAUGCCAAGUCUAUCAUCCUUCAAUGGAAAAUGAUUGGGAUCUGCAGGCUGUGCCAAUUGCUGCUAGAGCACCUCUUCCAGGGAUGUUUCCUAGGCUUGGAACCAAUGGAAUCCUCAGCAGCUCAGUCGAGUCUCUAUCACCACUGAAGGGUUUUCCAUCUGUGACUCUUGCUUCGCCAAGGCGUUUCUCUGAGAACUUGGAUCCUGCUCGAAGAAUGGGUUGUUGCCCUGAUUGCAUGCGGAAUUAUGAGCAAGAGCUAGCAAAAAUUGUACCGAAGGAGGUUGAGAAAUCUUCAGAAGUCAAAUCUGAAUCAGCUCAGCCACCACUGCCACAAUGGUUGAGAAAUGCAAAGCCUCAAGAUGGUGAUGUUGAGUCAUCUGAUCAGACAGUGACUAAGGAUCAAGAACUGAUGUUGAAGCAGAAGAGACUGGAGUUGCAGAAGAACUGGCACGAUAGAUGCUUGCAUCUUCAUCCUGCUUAUCAUCAACCUAAUCUUGGAUCUGAAAGAAUUGCCCAACCUGCUCUCUCAAUGACAAACUUACAUAAUCAUAACCUGCUUCCUCGCCAACCUUUCCAGCCCAAGUUAAGUUUAAAUAAAAAGCCGGACAGAACCCUUGUGUUCAACCCAAAUCUGUUGCCAAGCCAACCAGCUGGACGGGCAACCACUCCGCCUGGAAGCCCUGUGAGAACAGACCUGGUUCUUGGUAGACCAAAGGUUGUUGAGGGGACUCCUGAAAAAGAACACGAGGACCGCCCCAAGGACUUUUUAAGCUGUGUACCUUCUGAGCCGCGACCCAAUUUCAAUGAAUUGCACAGCGUCAAACUUCUCAGCAAAUUAGAUGCUGACUCGUUCAAGAAACUCCUCAAGGGUCUUCUGGAAAAGGUUUGGUGGCAACGGGAUGCAGCAUCUGCAGUGGCUACAACAGUGACACAAUGCAAAUUGGGUCAUGGUAAAGGUCGGAGCACCGGAUCAAAGGGUGACAUUUGGCUGUUGUUCACUGGUCCUGACAGGGCUGGCAAGAAGAAGAUGGCAUCUGCUCUUUCAGAGCUAGUUUGUGGGGCAAAUCCAAUAAUGGUUUGUCUUGGUUCAUGGCGUGAGGAUGGGGAAUCUGAAGUGAGUUUCCGUGGUAAAACUGUGCUUGAUCGAAUAGCAGAGGCAGUUAGAAGGAACCCCUUCUCAGUAAUCAUACUAGAGGAUAUUGAUGAAGCGGAUAUGCUUGUUAGAGGGAGCAUAAAGCGGGCUAUGGAGAGAGGUCGUAUUGCCGAUUCCCUUGGCCGUGAAAUCAGUCUUGGUAAUGUUAUAUUCAUUCUGACUGCAAAUCGCUUACCAGACAAUCUCAAAUUCCUAUCAAACGGCAUUUCGCUGGAUGAGAAGAAGCUUGCGAGUCUGGCUAGCGGAGGUUGGCAAUUGAGGCUAACCCUUUCUGAGAGAACAGCAAAGCGCCGAGCCAAUUGGCUUCCUGAUGAAGAGAGGUCGGCAAAGCCAAGGAAAGACUUAGGAACAGCACUAGCAUUCGACUUGAAUGAAGCUGCUGACACAGGGGAUGAUAAAGCAGAUGGCUCGCACAAUUCAAGUGAUCUUACAGUUGAUCAUGAAGAUGAAGAUGCCCUCAACAACAGACUGUUGACGUCUGCAACUUCAUCGGUCUCUAAAGAGCUGCUCAAUUUAGUGGACGACCACAUUGUCUUCAAACAUGCAGAUUUCAGCUCCAUUAGACACGACAUUUCAAAUUCUAUAACCAAGAAGUUUUCGACCAUCUUCAGCAAUCAGAUGCAGAUUGAAAUCCAAGACGAGGCAUUGGAAAAAAUUGUUGGCGGGAUAUGGUUAGCCCGAACAGGCUUAGAAGAAUGGACCGACAACGUAUUGCUUCCAAGCUUGCGCCAGCUCAAAUUACGGCUACCUAUAUGCGCCAACGAAUCCAUGAUCAUCCGGCUCGAGCCUGAUACCGAUUCUAACAGCCGUAGCCACGGUGAUUGGCUGCCAAGUAGCAUCAGAGUGGUGGUUGAUGGGUUGUGAACCAGGGGCACUCAUGGCUGAGAUAGGGAGAAUGGAUAGCGUUGGCAAUCCCUUGUUUAUGUUGGACAGAGUUGUAAAUAUGGUCGACUGUUUUUGGCGGACGGUGAAAACGGUUGAGAGCGGUAAAAAGGAAAAGAAAGCAGUUUAGAGAAGAGGGAGAUGUUGAGUUGAUAGAUUAACGGAAUCUUUAGGCAGCAAUGUCUCACUUUUCUUUCAUUAAGUUCUUUUAUAUGCUUUUUUUUUUUUUUUGUUAUAGGAUUUUAUAGUAUUUUGUCAUAGAUAUAAAUAUUUAUUAUUUACGUGGUCCAUGAUUAAUAAAAAUGAGGCAUUCCUCC